CGCUCGAUUGUAGCGUUCAAAUGUCGGCAAAUGUCGGCUAGCAAACAAAACGUUGCGUCCCUAACCUGCUGCAGUGUGGAUCAGUUAAAGUAACCAAGCACCAGUGGCGGCUAUUUGUAAUAUUAUCAAGUUGUGGGGACUAAUCAUCCAGAAUGGAUGAUGUAGUCGAGUUUGAAAAUGUUGAGGACCUGUGUAGGUUGUGUUUGUCGAAGGAUGAGCCAACAUCAUCAAUAUUUGGCGUCCAAGAGUCAUCGGUGCCAUUGGCCGACAAAAUACAAGCAUGUCUGUCGAUUGAGAUACUAUCAAAUGACAAGUUUUCCAAGGUGAUCUGUAUAAACUGUGUAAAAACUGUUAAUCAAUGGCAUUCGUACAAGGAAUCUUGCCUCAGGUCUCAGGAAAAGCUACAGAGAUGGCUUGCAAAGCAAACCAAUACAUCUGUUGGCUUAGUUACAAAUAUAAAAUCGGAACCAAUGGAUGUAGAAAUGUAUGCAGACAAUGUAGAAGUAGUAGAGAUGUCUGCGGUUGAACAUGACCGUAGAAUUCCUCUAGUAGAGAAUGAAAAAGGACCUGUUUUACGUGGACAUCGUCGUCGUAAAUCACAUAACGUAGCUGUUAAUUCAGGUAAAAAUAAAGACAUUCAAUCUGAACGAUUACUUCACCUAGCCGAUGUAAAAAAUGAACUCACUGAUGAUGAUGACAUUGACUGCAAUGUUAAUGUUGAAUUCGUGGCUGAAAGUGAAUUAUUAAUUAAUCCAAUGGCUCUUGGAGCUAAUAAGAAUAUGGAACCAGAUUCAACGCAAAAGUUUAAUGUUUCAAGAGCUGUAAAAAAGAAAGUAAGAAGAGGACCUCAUACUCACUUUAGAGGAGUUAAGGUUUACAAACAAAGAUGUCCAUACUGCCAAAUUACUCUUCACUCAAAAACCUCUUAUGCAAAACAUAUCGAAAGAUAUCAUGAUAAAAAUUCGAACAAUUCUAAUUCUUCAGCCAUGCCAAAGUCAUCUACAGCAACUCGUAAUGGUUUGUCUUAUUCAAAUAAAAAUGCAAUUCAAGUACAACAAAAUUCUUCAGUAGUUCAAGAAGAAGAAGAAAUAGAAGAUGUGGAAGAAGAGUUGGUAAACUUGGAAAAAGAUGCACCAUUAACACAAGUCCAAGAAUCUAUUAUCAGUCAGCUAAAAACCUUUUCUUGUUAUGCCUGUCAACAAUCAUUUAAUGACCGACGUAGUACUUUAAAUCACAUCAGACAACAUAUGCCUGAUCUAAGACCUUACACUUGUAUUGCUUGUCUCACUGAAUUUCCUGAUCGGUCUAUUUACAAGCUCCACUGUGGUGCUUCCUUUGAAUGUGCUAUGAAAAUAGCUUUGGUGGUUCCCAAGCACGGAACUGAGAAAUAUUUUACCUGCAAUAUGUGCCUGAGACCAAUGCCAAAUCGAAAAGAACUUUUAAGUCACUUGGCUAAACAUUCUGACAAACAGUAUGAACAACUAACAGCACCUAAAAGUCCACCAAAACUUAAACCUAUUCAUCAAAAGGCAAGUUCUAACACUACAGGACCUUAUCGAAAUGGAGAUCCAGCUCAUAAUCAUACUUGCGAUUACUGUGGAAUGAUUUAUAGAUACAAACCGAAUAUGAUUAAACAUCAAGAUCUCUGUAAACGUCUUCCCCCUGAAGAAAGGACUUCAUACCGAUGUGUUAAUUGUGGAAUGACAUUCUUAGUCUUUAAGAAAUUCCAAUCUCACAUUGCUACUGAACAUAACAAGAAGGAUUUAGUUUGCUUUGAAUGCAAUGCGAAGUUUAGAUUCUCUAAUGAAUUCUUAAUUCAUCAUCAAAAGCACAGAUUGUCUAAUAAAGCAGCAGAAACUCACAGCGAAAAUCAUUGGAACAAAGCUCCAGCAAUGAAAUUCGCAUGUGCGGUUUGCCCGGAGGAAUUUUCAACUAAAUCUGAGUUAACGGAACAUAGAAAUUCUCACUUGAAAGUUAAAAUCUUUUCUUGUAGCAUUUGUAGAAGGAUGUUUGGUAAUUCUCAAGCACUUCAAGAACACAUGAACGAUCAUGGCCCAACAGAGAUUGAUCCUAAUAUAUCAGCAGUAGAUUUUCUUGAUAACGAAGCAGAUGAUCCGAAUGCAAGUGGAUGGUCAGUAAAUUCAGAUCCAGGUGGACGAAGUACUGAGUGUACGACGUGUGGUAAAGUUUUUGCAAAUUAUCCCAAUCUCCGUCGCCACAUUCAAUCAGCUCAUUCUAGAAUAGAUGAAAGAUUUGAUUGUUUCAAAUGUUCUAAAUCAUUCACCAAUGAAGAUGAGUGGAAUCAACAUGAACAAACUCACAAAGAAAACUUAGGUCAUCGUUGUAAUUAUUGUAAGAAGAGAUUUGAGUCAAAAGAAUCUUGGGAACAUCAUCAGAGAACAGUGCAUGGAAUAACUGAAGAAUCCUCUGCUUGUGACAUAUGUGGAAAACAGUUUGGUAAUGAAACAUCUUUGAAAAUCCAUCGAGGACAUCACUUUAGAAGAGAUUCAAGACUUAGUAUCAGAAAUAUGCCUCAUCCAAUGGAUCAGGUACAAGUGGAGCUCAAUGAUGAGUCAGUUCCGCCUCUAGAAUCUUCCGGAAGAAGUGUUAGAGCAUCUAGAAAAGCUUUUUCCAAUGGAUCGUCACCAAAGGCUUCAGCUUCUGGUAAUCUUCAGUGCCAAGUAUGCGAUGACCGAUUUUCUGAUGUGCAUGAUCUUCGAAAGCACUUAUGGGAUGUUCAUUGUGCUAAAACUAAACCAGAAAAAUCAUUUACGGGUGAAUUGCAAUGUGAAUUGUGUACUAACAUUUUCCCUGAUGAAAAAAGCCUUGAGGAACAUAUGAAAUGGCAUAAAGAAAAUCCAAUUCUUUCAGACGGUUUACAAAGGCCUGUUGACAUUUCUUGUGAUAUCUGUGGAAAGUUUUAUAGUUCAACUAAAGCUUUGUGGAAGCAUAAAAAGCUUCAUAAAACUACCGGUAGUGGAAAUAUGAAAUUUAAUUCAACUAAAAAACCACAGCCUACGCAAUAUCCUUGUCCAGUUUGUCGAAAAGUUUUUGGUAAUGAAACUUCCAUGAAAAAACAUAAAGCUGCUGCUCAUUAUGCUCGUCGUACAAUUUCUGUUUUUUCUCCAUCACGUAAACCGUCCACAAGUAAUGAAGAAGAAGAUAUUAAACCUAAAAGACCGAAACUGGAUUUUGAUAUAAUUCGUAAAGCUUAUAACUUAGGUGAACCUUCCAGCAGUUUUAGUUCUAAUAGCUCAAAUAAGAAACCAGUUACUUGUUCCAUUUGCAAAAAAUUGUUACCAAGUAUGAGUUCAUUAUAUAAACAUAGACAGAAUGUUCAUAAACAUGGUCAUAACAAAUCUCUUCCUGCUUCCAUUGAUGAUGAAAUGUAUGAUCAGAAAGGUGUGCCUUGCAGUGAAUGUGACAAAAUCUUUUCUAAUUUAUCUAAUAUGAAACAACAUUUUACUAAAGUUCAUGGAAAUGGCGGUAAGCAUUAUUGUACUAUGGAAGAUUGUAAUGAAGUGUUUAAUUCGCCGUUAGCUAAACAGUCGCAUGAAAAAAUUCACAUGAACAUUCUUUAUAAUUGUACCAUAUGCUCUAAACAUAUGUUUUCGCGUACUGCCAUGAUUAAACAUCUUAUGACUGAUCAUAAGUCGGAGUACCAGCCCAAUAUUGAAAAACAUUUAUACAAAAAAACGGACCUCAAUAGUUAUGUAGUGAAAGGAGCUGAAGGCCGAGUGUGUCCCAUUUGUAAAAUUACUUAUCCUAAUAUUAAAGCUAUGAAAAUUCAUUACCUUAAAAUUCAUGAAAGCAACAGUUAAAAUACAAAUUAUUAUUAAAUUAUCUUUGCUAAAGAGGUUUAUGUAGAAAGAGAGACAAAAUGAUUUUUUUAAAAAGAAAAAUUACGUUCGAGAUAUUUCAUUCGACAAAUAUACAAAUUUUUUAAGGAAUCGAUAAAACAUAAAAAUAUAAACUUUGUAAAUAAUUGCUUAUUUGCUUGAACGAAAUAAAUAAUCAACUAAACUUAGUUGAAGAUGGCAAAUAGAAAGUUAAUUUAUUUAAAAGUAGAAAAGUAGACAUGAAAUCAUUUAUGAUUGAUUAUAAUAACAAAUAUACGUUGGAUAAUUAAUCAUUUAUGUCUACACUAUUUCUUUUAAAACAAAAUACAAUCUAGAAAAUCAUUUUCUGUCUCUGUAAAAGUUUCGAUAUGCAUAAUGAAACGAAGAAUAAUUUUUUCAACAAAGCCACACUUUAGCAUCUCUAUAAUGAAGCUCGUAAAUUACGAGUUUGUAAAUAGUUAUUUCAUAAUUCAUCUUUUACACUCUUAUUAUUACAAUUAUUAUAACUAUUAUUAUUAAUCAUUCUUAAUUAAAAAACCAAUUAUAAAAACUUAUUUUAAAUUAAAUUUGUCAGUUAGGAUUUAUUGAUAAUCCUUCAUAUUGUACGAAAAUUUCAUUUAAAAUUUAAACAAAUCUUUCUAUUUUUUAUUUAGUAAGAGAAAUGUUGGAUUUUAAAAACUGUGUUGCUUCCUUUAAAUAAAAUAAAAUUUAUCACAAACAAGAAUGUUGUUUUAAGCCAAUCCAAAAAAGAAUAUAAAGUAUAAAUAACGAUAAAACUGAAACUGAAGUAAAUAAUGAAACAUACAAAAUAGUAAAUAAACUGCAGUUGGUUGUAAAUCUCGGAAUGAGAGACAAUAAACGGAUGUACACGUUGAAUGGAGGUACGAGGUAGUACGAAAAUAUAUUUUACUUUGUUUAUUAAAAUGUAAUGUACUACUGAUUAAGCCUUAGAUGUUGAAUCACUGGUUUAGUCAUUAGAAAUUUAGAGUGUAAGAUACGGUGUAAUUUUGACGGAGUAAUAAUAAAUACAUGACCAUUGAAUAAGUAA